AUGUCAGGUGCCGACGAUUCAAAGUCGGCAACACAAUCACCUGAACCCGAUGAAACGCUGCUUAAUGUUCGAAUUCCGACCAACCUACAAAAAUCGCAAAAAAGAAAACAGAUUAGAAUUGAAUUCGACGAUAAUGGGCUAGACGAAUCGAUUUUACAUGCUCAACGACUUGAAAAAGAACGUUUGGAACGCUUGGAAAAAAUUCGAAGCACUCAACGCGAAAAUGAUCACAUCACAGAGAUGGAACGACUAUUAACAGUUCCGCAAUCAAUUCCUGGACCAUCACAUAUGCACAAUUAUGGAAAUGUUAACGAGAUUUCUAGAGUGAUUCCAGUGGAACAAGAGAAGAACGAUAUGUUCGAUAUGUACGUCAAAUCAGCAUCGAGUUCAAAUGAGCCUCCCCAUGAGGUGAUUACGCUGUCAUCUGAUGAUGAAGAAGAGCCUGUUGCAAUUCCCGUAAAUAAUAAUAUACGAGGAUACGGAAUAACUCGAAGACGAUAUGCAAUUCCAACCGAGAGGGAUAGAGACGACGAAGCUCAAAUGAAGGUACAAUUGGAUUUCGAGAAAUCGCGAAGACUGAAAGUUAGAAAUGAAAAAGACCUCGAAAGCACAGAAAAACUUGGUGGAAGACUUCUCGUAAAUGCUGGUCAUCCCCCAGAAGAUGCAGAUGUCUUCGUGGCAACCCAUCUGACACAUGUAUUACAGCCUCAUCAAUUAGGCGGAAUUCGCUUUAUGUAUGAUAAUGUUGUUGAGUCUUUGUCUACAUUCAAUCAAAGUCCAGGAUUUGGUUGUAUAUUGGCGCAUUCCAUGGGUCUUGGAAAGACAAUUCAAGUUAUCACAUUAACUGAAAUUUUUCUUCGAACCACGAGCUCGCGAAAAGUUCUCAUUCUGAUGCCAAUCAAUGUCAUUCAAAAUUGGUUUGCUGAGUUUGAAAGAUGGCUUCCAAAAUUUUCCGAUAAUGGGGAUAUUCUAAGAACGUUUGAUAUAUUUCUUCUUGGUGAUGCUGUCAAAACCUUCGAUCAAAGGGUUAAUAUGAUAGAGGAAUGGCAUUCCAAAGGAGGCGUUCUUCUUAUGGGUUACGAUUUGUUUCGCCUUCUACUCAAGUCAACCAUGCCACCUAAAGAACGAAAGAAGCGACCGAAACUUAAUUUGAACGGUGUUUCUGCAAUCAAUUCAGCAAUCCGCGAGGAAUCAAGAGAAGAUGAAAUGGACUUCGAUGCCGGAUUCACAAAUAACGGGCGAGCUGUUGUUGAGGCACAUUCAAUAAUCAAAGAAGCACUUCUCGAUCCUGGACCAGAAUUGGUUGUAUGUGAUGAAGGACACAAAAUCAAGAAUUUGACUUCGGAGAUUUCAAUGGCUUUAAACAACAUUCGCACUAGGCGCCGUAUCGUUCUGACAGGUUAUCCUCUACAGAACAAUCUUAUGGAAUAUUUUUGUAUGAUCGAUUUUGUUAGACCAAAAAUUCUUGGAAACAAAAAAGUAUUUUCCGAGCGAUUCGAAAAACCCAUUAAAAAUGGGCAAUGCACCGACUCGACGUUAAGCGAUAUAAAAUUUGCACAGCAACGAACUCAUGUAUUGAUUGAACUUGUUAAGGGAUUUGUACAAAGACGCACUCAUCAUUUACUUAAAUCGAUUCUGCCUGAGAACCGUGAAUUUGUUAUAAUGAUUCAUAAAAGUAAUAUUCAAAGACUGUUGUACAAAAAUUUUGUGUUAUUUGUCACAAUGGAAAUGCGUAAGACGAAAAGCGGAUUCUUUAAUCCGUUGAAAGCAUUUGCCGCGUGUUCGAAAAUUUGGAAUCAUCCAGAUGUUUUGUGGAAAUUUAUGCAGCGUGAAAAGACAGAAGAAAAUGGAGCUGUAAUGCAGUUAAAUCCUUUUCUAUAUCCAACCAAUUACAACGACCCAUUCAACACGCCAUCGUCUUUGAAUGGAUACUGCACCCCAGGACCUUCAAACACCAAUGGAAAAUCUCCGACGAAGAAGAGGAAACGUCCAAGAGCAAAUACGAAAUCAGCUGCAAGUGGUGACGAUAUUUUCGAUGAGCUCGAGAAAGCCGAAAAAAAUAUUUCGUAUGAAUGGGCGAAAGACGUGAUGGAACAUUAUAAUUCGGGAGUUCUCGAGAACGGUCUUAAAAUGGUCAUUGCAAUGGCGAUUUUGGACGAAUGCACGCGUCUUGGCGAGAAAAUAUUGAUUUUUAGCCAAAACUUAACAGCACUUGAUGUAUUCGAAGAUUUUCUUUCUAAACGGCGAAUUGUGACGAAAGAAGGACUAUCGGAUGAGUGGAUGCGAAACAAAAAUUACUAUCGGUUUGAUGGAAGUACAUCUGGAUCAGAUCGCGAAAAAUUGAUCAAAAGAUUCAAUUCCGAUCCUAAUCUGAGGUUAUUUUUGAUUUCCACUCGUGCCGGAUCUCUCGGAAUCAAUCUGGUUUCCGCGAGUCGCUGCAUCAUCCUCGACGCCUGCUGGAAUCCAUGUCAUGAUGCUCAAGCUGUUUGUCGUAUUUACCGUUACGGGCAAACAAGAAGAACGUUUAUCUAUCGACUCAUUAUGGAUAAUUCAAUGGAGAAGGCAAUCUUCAACCGUCAGAUUUCUAAACAUGGACUACAGCAACGCGUUGUUGACGAAGCUCAAGUUGACGCGAACAUAACUCAGAAAGAACUUGAGAAUCUUCUUGUUUAUAAUGAAUCAUUUGAUGUGUCUCCACCCAAACUCGAUCCAGAAUCAUGGGAAUUCGAUGAUGAAGUAUUGAAAACAAUAUCAAGAUCAUACGGUGGAAUGUUCUCUGAAAAGCCGUUCCUCCAUGAAUCGCUAAUAAUGGAAAGCGAACGAGUGUUGAGCGAAGAAGAGAAGCGUGAAGCAGAACUUCUUUACGAGAUGGAAAAUCGCGGUGUUUCGACAUCUUACGGAAUGAUGGGUCAAUAUGAGCCUGUCAUAGAAACUCCUAGAUAUGAUCCUCCUGCUUUUCAAAUGCCUCCUCGUACGAUGGCCAUGUAUCCUCAUCACUUGAACCGCCAGCUCAUUUUUGCCGACAAUCAAAUGAUGUCAUUGUUAACGCGAAUUGAAAUGGCUCAAAGAAAUCCUCCGGAUGAUUUGGUCGUUUGUCGUGUUGUUCCAACGAUACCACCUGAUCAUCCGAUGUAUGCGAAAAUGCUCUCUCAAGUCAAUCGUAAGGAUCACGUUGUGUUUGGCACUUCGGUUGGUGGUUUCCCUGGUGCAAUGAAUCACGGACUUCUGCACUGGAAUAAAUCUGGAUUUUUCCAAGAUAUCAUUACUGAUCGAGACUUUAUUCUACCUGUGAUUGGAGAUGGUAGAUAUCUUUACCCGUUGCCAAUGGGAACACCUGUUGUUCUCGUCAAACCUCAGGAAGGACUCUUUUUAAGAGUGUCUGAUUUCAUUUUGAAUGCUUCAAACACCGUGUAUGAAUAUUAUAGUGAGGAUGUAACCAAGGCGCGAGCGAAUAUCGUUCCGGAGUGUGUCACAAUUGAUGAUUAA